AUGGGGAGCGAGCCCAAGGAGAUGAAGUACAGGCGGAGGGCGAGGGCGCCCGAGCCGGGGGACUACGGGCAAUGCGGCGGCGCCGACCGGGGCGGCGCGGUGGACUGGGCCGCGCUCAAGCAGCAGGACCCGGCGGAGCUGCUCCGGAAGCUGGACGAGAUACGGGACCAGAUCACCCGGUCCUGCGAGGCCGCGGGGCCGCGGGGAGCGGAGCCGCCGCAGCACCGCAUGGGCCGGGGCGCCGUCUCCAUGCGCCACUCGCACGCCGACCCUCUGCCGCCCCCGCCGGGCCGUGGUGCGCCGCCGGAGUACUACCGCUCCUCGCGCCACGCCGGCCGGUACGGACAAGGCGGGCCGCUGAGCUCGUACGACCAGCGGUCCGUGUGCGAUGACAGGUACGCGAGGCAGCCCAGCGGGAGGUUCCGGCAGCCGCGCCCGGAGGGGCAGUGGGAGGGCUACGGGUACGGCGGCCACCACAGCUCGUGCCAGUGCGCACAGUGCGUGCACGCCCAGCGGGCCAUGCCGCCGCAGGAGGAGAGCAUUCCGAUGGCGAGGUUCUUCGCGGGGCAGCAGAGGCCGCCGUACCAGUUCGACAGGUCCGCCUCGUCGAUAUCGUCAGAGUAUGACCGGCGGUCGGUGGCUUCGUCGCUCUACUCGCACCUUUCGAUGUCCAAGAGAAGGGUGGAGUACUUCAGCAAGAGGGCAGAUAGCUUCUGCCGGCCGACGAAGGGCGGCGCGCCGUUCGUCGUCUGCAGCUCCUGUAACCAGCUUCUUCAGCUACCUCCUGGGAAAUGCACAUCACCGAAGCAGAAUCGGGUUCAGUGUGGCUCCUGCUCAGAGGUUGUUACUUUCGAUUUCAAGCCUAAAGGAGUGAAAGUUCAUCCGGUGAUCCCAUCAUCAUCUUUUAGUGUGCCAAAAAGUGUGAGAAGCUCCGAUCGCCGGGCUCCUCAAAAUUCUGGGUGGUAUCCAUAUGAGGAUGAUGACACUUCCAGUUUCGGUAGCUAUCGACAGAAGCAGAAUUUUUCCGACAAUCUGUCGCAGUCUUCCACAGGAAGCUAUGGCAGCAGCACAAACAAAGAGCGCGGGCCAAACAAGAUCAGUCAGGUAAAAUCUGUUUCUGUCAGCAAGUCUAGAUUUGCAGAUAGCCCAAAAGAUAUAUUAUGUCAAGGAGAUGCAGACAGUCAGGUCGAAGCUUCAGUUGUUCGCACAAUCAGUCCACAAGCCCCAAUUUUAGAGGAUAAACUUGUUGAUCCCUUUUCCAGCCAGCAAAAUGAUUGCAGUGGUGGGGAUCAAAUCAAGAGCAAGAGGUAUGGCUUAAAUAGCAAAGGAAACUUUGAUGUUCGAGGUGAGAGGAUUGAUGUGAAAUGUGAACAAAAGAGCAAUGGAAGUCGGAAGGAUGGAUUUAGUGGAGAAACCGCGAAGAAAACAUAUGGACAGAAAUAUCUCAAACAACUUAAUGCUAGUUGUCCUGAUGGUCACAUUGGUAACAAGAACCCGCGGAAGGCCAAUAGUGAUGAUAGCAGGAGCAGCAGCCUCGAAGAUGAAGCUACAAGCAAAAGGUAUGAAGGAAAGAGCAAACAAGAUGACAACAACUUUGAAGUUCAAGGCGUUAAUAAGAGAUACGACAACUGCAUCAAGGAAGGUUAUAACAAUGAGUUUGGAUUCGAUAGCAUAACUAAGACAUGUGAUGAAGAGAGCAUAGAAGAUGAUUGUGCUAAAUCACUGUCCUCAAACGGUGAAAAUGCCAAGAGAGUGGGCAAAAAUGAGUCAUCGGUCAGUGAGCGAACAAAUACUAGUUCUCAUGUUUCUUCUGAUGCUGGGCUAGAUGAAAUUCAAUCUUCAGCUGGUAAGAGUGGGGAUUCAUCAUUUUUUGGUGGUUUCUUAAAGAAAGGUUUGAAGGAUCUUUCUUUAUUCAACCAGUCUAUGGACAGUGUCAAGGUUUCCAUCAACGGUCAUCCAAUCUCUGAGCGUGCUCUUCGUAAGGCGGAGAAAAAAGCUGGUCCUGUUAGCCCUGGUUCAUAUUGGUAUGACCAACGUGCUGGAUUUUGGGGUGUCAUGGGGCACGAGUGUAGCGGCAUUAUCCCUCCAUUUAUAAAAGAAUUCAGUUAUUCAAUGCCCAAGAAUUGUGCUGGUGGGACUACUGGAGUGCUUGUAAAUGGAAGAGAACUUCAUCAGAAAGAUUUCGAUUUGCUUGUAAAGAGAGGCCUUCAACGUUUCUCUGAAAAAUCAUAUACCGUUGAUAUCUCAGGAACUGUGACUGAUGCUACAACUGGCGACAAAUUACGCAGCCUUGGAAAGCUUGCUCCUACAAUCGAGAAGAUGAAACGCGGUUUUGGCAUGCACGUCCCUGAAGAGAUAAGUUAG